GAUUUGGACCGCAAAAAUGAACGGCAACGAAUUGGAGAGUGAUUCGUUACUGCUUGAACAUACAAUUGGAGCUUGUAUCACAGGGCCGUUCGGAGGUUUCUGCUUAACCUUUCCGAUUUCCAUGAUAAAGCAUGUAAGAGCCACAGAAGUCAUUAAUGUGCUGCUGAUGGUCGUAAUUGGCUUUGCAACAAUAUAUUCUUUCCUAGUUGCCUUUAUAUGCUCCUUUCGUUUGUUCAAAGAGAUUGCGAAACGGAGGAAGGUGGCUGUUGCUCCAGAGCCAUUAGCUGCAUAA